AUGAGACAACAUGACAUUUUGACAACAGUCCAGGAAGUCUCAACAAAGUCUUUACAAAGAAGUCUCAACAAAGUCUUUACAAAGAAGUCUCAACAAAGUCUUUACAAAGAAGUCUCAACAAAGUCUUUACAAAGAAGUCUCAACAAAGUCUUUACAAAGAAGUCUCAACAAAGUCUUUACAAAGAAGUCUCAACAAAGUCUUUACAAAGAAGUCUCAACAAAGUCUUUACAAAGAAGUCUCAACAAAGUCUUUACAAAGAAGUCUCAACAAAGUCUUUACAAAACAUUGACCAAGAAGAACUUGACAAAGUCUUUACAAAACAUUGA